CAACAGACAAACGCCUUGCCAGAACUCGUUUUCUUCUUGCUGUUUUAGCUUGUUGAUUUCUUAUCCAGCCGUUUAGUUCGGUUUUCUCUCAUUGGAAUGGCGAGCACAUUACCGACUCUGGCCAUUCCAGGCCAGCGCCUGGGCUCUGUGAGCUCUUACUCCGCGGGACCCGGCACCCAUGUGCAGAAUGCGAACAUCUACGCCUCCAUCGCCGGACCCGUGCUCGUGGACCCCGCCAGCUCCAAGGGUGUAAAGUCGACCCUGAGCGUCUCCCGCGGGCCCCUCCGAACAGCCGGCACCGCUUCUUCUUCUGCCUCGCAGCAAAUCCCCGCCCCGAAACUCACCAGCACGACUUCCAAACCGGGCACCUCCAAACCGCGAUACAACACCCUCCCAGCGGUCGACUCGAUCGUGCUGGCCCGCGUGACGCGCGUGCAGAAGCGGCAGGCGACCGUCUCGAUCCUGGUGGUGCAGGACGAGUCGUCGUCGACGUCGUCGGACAAUGACAACAUCGACUCGAUCCUCACCUCGGCCGCCAACCCGGAGAACCACAGCAACUCGGACGAGCUGCGGUUCCAGGCGCUGAUCCGCAAGGAGGACGUGCGGGCCGUCGAGAAGGACCGCGUCGUCAUGGACGAGAUGUUCCGCGUUGGCGAUAUCGUGCGCGGCGCCGUCAUCUCCCUCGGCGAUCAAAGCUUCUACUAUCUGACUACCGCCCGCAAUGAUUUGGGAGUGGUCAUGGCGCGCAGCGAGGCUGGGAAUAUGAUGUUUCCCGUUAGUUGGAAGGAGAUGCGCGAUCCUGUGACUGGGGUUGCGGAGUUGAGGAAGGUCGCGAGGCCUUUUUGAGGAGUUUGGGGGGUUUGUUCUCUGAUUGUUGUUUUAUGAUCAGGUUGAGAUAGAUAGAUUUGUGGAUGGGUUAUGGUAUACGGGUC